GAGCCGGCCCCGCCUGGCUGUGAUCGGCGCCGGUGACUACGGUCGGGCCCUGGCUGGCCGGGCCGUGCGCAGCGGCUAUCCGGUCACCCUCGGCUCCAGGAACCCGCGGAAGAAUCGCGCCCUGACGGAGAGGACCGGAGCGGCGGUCACAACCGUCGACGACGCCCUCAGCAAGAGCGACGUUGUCGUCAUCUGCCUACCCUUUGCCUUCUACGACUCCUUGCCGCUGUCGAAGCUCGCCGGCAAAGUUGUGGUUGACAUCAGCAACAGCACUCCGCAGAGACUGGCCGCCGGCGGUCCUUCGAACGCCGAAGAGCUGCAGUCCAUGGCUCCCAAAUCUCAGCUCGUCAAGGCGUUCAAUGUUCUCUCGGCGUACGCGCUGGAGAACAAUCUGCAGGGUGGCAAAAAAGUUUUUGUUGCUGGUAACUAUCCGGAGGCCAACGCAGUGGUGGCGCAGCUCAUUUCGGACAUGGGCUUCACUCCUGCUGACAUGGGAGGUCUGGCUGCGGCUCGGAAGAUCGAAAAGAUACCCUUGCAGCUGUUUCCGUCCUGGAAAACAUCGGUAAUCGUCACUUUGGUGAUCUUCAUAUUUUUCUGGAUCUACUCGCUUUUCAAGUACCAAAUCUGCACCAACAUCGAGUCGAACGCACCGUGGGACGUGGACGUCUUUACAAAUGUUCUGAUGGUCAACUUCAAUAGGGCGCUGGCCAUGACGGGCAUCACGCUUCUGGCCGCCACCUACCUGCCAGGAGUGCUCGCUGCUUAUCUUCAACUGAAGCGAGGUACUAAAUACAGCCAAUUCCCCCAGUGGCUCAACAAAUGGCUGCUCACCCGCAAAGAGCUUGGCCUUGCUGCACUCAUGCUGGCCGUGCUUCAUGGGAUCAUCUCCAUCACCAUGUCCUCCCCGUUCUACCUCGCGACGGCCUAUGACCAGCCGGCGAUUCUGCUGGCCAGAGUGAAAACAGCAGGCAACAGCAGCGAGGUUCAUCACGUGGAGGUGUUCAACCGACUGCGGCAGGGCCGGGCCGAGUUUGGCCUCACUGUCGGCGCCGGCUCGCUCUGCGUGCUGGCGGGGAUCGGUGUGACGUCACUACCCAGCGUGGGCGCCGCGCUCAGCUGGCGCGAGUUCCAGUUCAUGCAGUCAACGCUCGGCUGGGGCGCUCUGCUUUCGGCCGUCCUGCACAACACGCUGCUCGGCUGGGACUUCAUGGUGCUCAACUACACGUGCAGCUUGCCGUCGGCUCUGCAGAUCGGCAUGUACCUGCCUACGAUCACAGUGCUGCUGAAGCUGCCGCUGCUGAUUCCUCUGGUCUCGGAGCACCUGGCGGCCAUUCGCGGCGGGCUGGAGCGGAAAGAACGGUCCGAGGUCGUGCAGCGUCCGUGAUUCGGCGGGUACCCUGCAUCCGCCAGGGCAGUGGCUGGCGUCCCACGCAUCAGUCCUCGAAGCGGCUGGCGCCUCACGCAUUGGCCCUUGCAGCGGCCGACGCCCCACGCAUCGGUCCUCGAAGCGGCUGGCGCCUCACGCAUCAGCCCACGCAGCAGCUGGUGCCUCACGCAUCAGCCCUUGCAGCGGCCGACGCCCCACACAUUAGCCCUCGCAGCGGCUGGCGUCUCAUGUCGCAGCCUUCGCAACAGCUGGCGCCUCACGCAUCAGCCCUUGCAGCGGCCGACGCCUCACACAUUAGCCCUCGCAGCGGCUAGCGUCUCACGUAGCAGCCUUCGCAACACCUGGCGCCUAACGCAUCAGCUCUCGCAGCGGCUGGCGCCUCACGCAUCAGUUCUCGCAGAGGCUGGCACCUCACGUAGCAACCCUGCCAGCAGCUAGCGCCUCAAGCACUAGUCCUCGCAGAAGCUGGCGCCUCACGUAGCAACCCUGCCAGCAGCUAGCGCCUCACGUAGCAACCCUGCCAGCAGCUAGCGCCUCACGCAUCAGUCCUCGCAGAGCCUGGCGCCUCACGCAUCAGUCUUCACAGCGGAUGGCGUCUCACGUAGCAGCCUUCGCAACAGCUGGCGCCUAACGUAUCAGCCCUCGCAGCGGCGGGCGCCUCACGUAGCAACCCUGCCAGCAGCUAGCGCCCCAAGAACCAGUCCUCGCAAAGGCUGGCGCUUCACGUAGCAACCCUGCCAGCAGCUAGGGCCACAAGCAUCAGUCCUCGCAGAGGCUGGCGCCUCACAUAGCAACCCUGCCAGCAGCUAGCGCCUCAAGCAUCAGUCCUCGCAGCGGCUGGCGCCUCACGUAGCAGCCCUCGCAGCAGCUGCCGCCUCACGCAUCAGCUCUCGCAGCGGCUGGCGCCUCACGCAUCAGCCCUCGUGGCGACUGGCGCUUCACGCAUCGGCCCUCGCAACUGGUGAUACAGCAGUGUUAUAUCACAGUGUCGACACUUCGGAAGGGUGUUCAGUAAUACUUUGACAGUGUGAAUAUUUGUUCUCUGCUGGACAUAACAUAGCCUUGAUGGGUGCUCAAUGCUGAUGGUAAAAACAAAUAAUAUUGAUGCGAGUCUUGUCCUGAUGCAUCCCAGUUGUAUGCCACAGAGAGAUUCACAAAAGGGUGCCACACUCAAUGCAUACCUUAUCAAAUGCUGAUAUGAAAUGCAAACAGCCUUGGGGUCAUUGUGUUUUUGAUGCGGCCGUUAAAUAAUGAAUCUCACAGGAAGGAAAGCAAUGUGCGGCAACAUACCUUGUGCGUAAUUUUGUUCCUGCUCUUUUUUAAAAGUCGUCUGCACUGGAAGGGUCUUCGGUAGGUAGGUGCUCACUUAUUGCGUCUCAUUUGUGCACCGAAGCUCUGGCUAUGUGCGAUGGAGUGGUCUUCGUCCCCCUAAACAUGAUGAACUUCAGAAAGCCUGGAGACAGGCUAGAUGAAUUACGGAUGGUGCUUGACAUAAUAAGUCUCAG